AUGCCCUCCCAAGAGAAAGGCCUCAAGAAGCUCUUCCAUCCCUUCAACCAUCGCGCUUCUGAGAAGAUUGAGGAGAUUGAGCAAAAGCUCGAGCACACCAAGUUACGAGGUGCGCAUAUUAAGGCUGUGCACAUCAAGCAUAAGAUCGGCAAGUUCACCAACCUCUUCAAUGCCAACCAUCGCCACGACGAGGAGCAUGAGAAGGAGACGGACGCCAAGAGGAGCAAGAUCGCGGAGAACCACCGCUUUCAUAGCUUUGCGCCAGAGCGCGACAACAACUUGGUGAAGUGGUAUGUCGAUGGUAGGGAUUACUUCUGGGCCGUUGCCGAGGCAUUGGAGCAAGCCAAAGAGACCAUCUACAUUGCGGACUGGUGGCUCAGCCCUGAGCUCUUCCUGAAGCGACCACCCUACUAUAACCAGCAAUUUCGACUGGACCAAGUACUCAAGCGCCGUGCAGCGGCUGGUGUGAAAAUCUAUGUUUCCGUGUACAAGGAGGUUUCUGCGGCUCUCACAUGCAACAGCCAGCACACCAAGAAGGCACUCAUGGGCCUGUUUGAAGAAGGCGAGCCUGGGUAUGGAAACAUCAAGGUGAUGAGACAUCCUGACCACAAUGUCUUCGAGAAUGCUUCGGAUAUGACGUUCUACUGGGCGCAUCACGAAAAGUUCAUCGUCAUCGACUAUGCCAUGGCCUUCAUCGGUGGACUUGACUUGUGUUACGGCCGAUGGGAUGACAAGCAGCACCCGCUUGCCGAUGCCCACCCUUCUGGUGUUCAAAACCAAAUCUUCCCGGGUCAGGACUACAACAAUAACCGUAUCAUGGACUUUGAGAGCGUUGAUGAUUGGAAAUCGAACAAGCUGAACAAGCUCGAAUUCGGUCGCAUGCCAUGGCACGAUGUCGCAAUGGGUGUCAUUGGCCCAGCGGUUUACGACAUCGCUGAGCAUUUCGUCUUGCGAUGGAACUUCGUGAAGCGAGAAAAGUACAAGCGCGACGAGAGAUACGACUGGCUCACCAUGGAAGGACGUGAAGGCGCCGACGAAGAUCUGAUCGGAGUGCAACGGCCCAAGUUUCCUGUUGGCCAAUAUGUACAUCAUCCCCUCACGCAGCUGAACAGCAAGAACCUCGACAACCGUGGAACUGUACAUGCGCAAUUAGUCAGAAGUAGCGGCGACUGGAGUAUGGGCAUUGAUCCUCAUGAGCAGAGUAUCCAGAACGCAUACUGCGAGGUCAUCCGUAACGCGCAGCACUACGUCUACAUUGAGAACCAAUUUUUCAUCACGGCAACGGGUAAACACGACCAGAGCCCUGUCCACAACCAGAUCGGAGCUGCAAUGGUUGACGCCAUCGUUUCGGCAGCUAAAGAGCAGCGCAACUUCAAAAUUGUCAUUGUCAUUCCAGCAAUCCCGGGAUUCGCAGGAGAUCUUCGAGAUCAGGCCGCUGCUGGAACACGAGCUAUCAUGGACUAUCAAUUCAAGAGUAUCUGCCGAGGAGAAGAAAGCAUCUACGGACAGAUUAAAAAGGCCGGUGUCGAUCCAGAAAAGUACAUUUUCUUCUUCAAUCUUCGUUCAUACGACCGCAUCAAUGUCACUCCCACGCUUAAGGAGCGCGAGAAGAAGUCCGGGAAAUCGUACAUGGAUCUAGAAGCAGCUGAGAUUGACGAGCUGGAAGCACCGCCAGAAGAGGGAGGAGACGAGGCACGACGCAAAGCCGCUGAGAUGAGGAAAGCCUACAUGGAUGAGGAGGAAGAUGUGGGCAAAGGCGACCAGGGUGGUGUUAUUGACCCAGACUCGAUUGCCGACGACGCGAUGCUUACAGAAAAGAAGCCCAGGGAGGAAGCCUGGGAAGGCGAAGAAGAAGAGGAGAAAGAGCACUUUUUUCAAGAGGAGCUUUACAUCCACGCCAAAAUCUGCAUCGUCGACGACAAAACCGUAAUCUGCGGAUCCUCCAACAUCAACGAUCGCUCCCAGUUGGGCUUCCACGACUCCGAACUCUCCAUCGUCCUACAAGACACCGCAGAGAUCGACACCGAAAUGGACGGCAAGCCCUACAAAGCCGCGAAACUCGCCCACGAACUCCGCAGCAGCUUAUGGCGCGAACAUCUCGGACUCCUCCCACCCCAAGCUCUCAACGCCGCCGACGACCCCAACGCGCAGCCCCCCGGCGAAAACUCACCAAACGACCCCAUGCCCGGCCCCGAAGCAGACUUUGUCUCUGACCCUCUGUCACCCAAACUCUGGGACGAAUGGACCGAGCGCGCGACUACCAACACCGAGGUGUUUAGGUCGCUGUUCCACGCUGACCCCGACGACAAUAUCCUCACGUUCGAGGACUACGACAAGUUUACGCCGAACCCGUCUGGGGACAAGGAACACAAGCAGGGUCAUCUGUAUGACAUGGUUAGGCCUGUUAAAGAGAUUAGGGCGGAGUUGGACCGUGUCAAGGGGCACUUGGUGUGGAUGCAGUUGAAGUUUUUGGAGAAUGCGGAUAUGGCUGAGAGGGGGCUGCAGGUUAACUCUUUUACUGAGAGUGUGUAUACUUGA